AUGCAGAACCAGUUGGUAUGUCAGGGAUGUAGAGUUAUGUUAAUGUAUCCUCGAGGAGCAACCAAUGUACGUUGUGCUUUGUGUAGCACCAUCACUUUGGUUUCCCAUUCUCCUCCUCAAGGAAUGGACAUGGCUCACAUUGUAUGUGGUGGUUGCGCAACUACGCUAAUGUUCACACGUGGUGCGAGUAGCGUUAGAUGCUCUUGCUGUCAAACUUUAAACCUUGUUCCAGUCCCACACCAAGCACCUGCGAGUCAAGCCGCACAUAUCAGCUGUGGCCAUUGUAGGAUAACGCUCAUGUAUCCAUAUGGAGCACCAUCUGUUAAAUGCGCUGUUUGCCAAUACGUUACCACUGUUAAUAUGUGCAAUGGAAGGCUUCCUCACUCGAUGAACCGGCCUAAUGGAACAGCUUCUUCACCAGCAAUGCCAUCUACAUCAACUACACAAACCAUCGUUGUAGAGAAUCCAAUGUCUGUGGAUGAAAGUGGAAAACUGGUCAGCAAUGUCGUGGUUGGAGUAACAACCGAUAAAAAGUAA